AUGAAACAUAAUCUUCUACACCAUCGACCAUUGAAUUUAAUACCGCCUUUACCAAAAAAUCCCUAUUCGUUGCCGAUUGUUUCAAUCGGUGCUGGUGCUAUUGUCACUCUCGGUCAUUUACCCGCUUACGAACUCGCUGGAUUCCGUGUCAAAGGUAUCUUCGACAUCAACCAAGAUCGAGCAUUGAAUGUUGCGAAAAAAUGGGAUAUACCAAAUGUAUACAAUACACUGAAUGAAGCGUGUGGUUCAUCGAGCGAAGAUGUCAUAUAUGAUCUCGCUGUACCGUCAAAACAGAUCAUACCGAUUCUGAAACAAAUUCCCGUGAAUUCUCACGUGUUAAUGCAAAAACCGAUGGGUGAAAAUUUAAGUGAUGCUCAAGCAAUCGUGAAGAUUUGUAAAGAACGUCAUAUUCAUGGUUCAGUGAAUCUUCAGCUUCGCUACGCUCCAUACAUUCUUGCGCUGAAAGAUGCCAUUCAUCGUGGUUGGUUAGGUGAUCGAUUAACAACAAUCGAAGUUCAUGUUAAUGUUCAUACGGCAUGGACAUCAUGGCCAUUCUUAGCGACUGCACCACGUCUUGAGCUCAUUUAUCAUUCCAUACAUUAUGUAGACUUGAUACGUGAUCUAUUAGCACCACAUGACCCGAGUGCAUUGCAUUGUCGAUCGAGUCAACAUGCAGCAAUGCCUCAUCUAACGCCGGUUCGCUCAUCAUACUCAUUUGUCUAUGCACAUGAUCCAAUGCUGUAUGUAAACAUUUACACGAAUCACUACCAUCGAUGGGGUAAAAAUUAUGCACAAUCAUAUUUACUUGUGGAAGGAACUGAAGGUGCAGCUAGAGCACAAAUCGGUGACAAUCUCGCCUAUGGAGAAUGCACUGAAGGAAAACAGAUCGAUUCUCUUCAAAUUUGUUCAGACAAAAUAACAAACGGUGAAUGGGUCGAUAUUGAUUUACAGCAGCGAAAUCGUUUUCCACAUGCAUUUAUUGGACCUAUGGCUGCAGCCAUACGCCGAUACGAGAAUGAAAAUGAUCGUCCUUCAACUGACAUCGAAGACACACUGAAAACCAUGGCAGUUCUUGAAGCAGCAUGGGACAGUUCAACAAAUAAUAUGACUUCAAUAUCAUAUAAAUAG